AUGAAACACAACACACCACAAACCUCUCCCAAACUCUCAGAGCAGAGUGUGGAACAGAGUGUGGAACAGAGUGUGGAACAGAGUGUGGAACAGAGUGUGGAACAGAGUGUGGAGCAGAGUGUGGAACAGAGACAGAGUGUGGAACAGAGUGUGGAGCAGAGUGUGGAACAGAGUGUGGAACAGAGUGUGGAACAGAGUGUGGAACAGAGUGUGGAGCAGAGUGUGGAGCAGAGUGUGGAACAGAGUGUGGAACAGAGUGUGGAACAGAGUGUGGAACAGAGUGUGGAGCAGAGUGUGGAACAGAGUGUGGAACAGAGUGUGGAACAGAGUGUGGAACAGAGUGUGGAGAGUGUGGACAGAGUGUGGAGCAGAGUGUGGAACAGAGUGUGGAACAGAGUGUGGGAGUGUGAGCAGCAGUGUGGAACAGAGUGUGGAACAGAGUGUGUGUGGAGCAGAGUGUGGAACAGAGUGUGGGGAACAGAGUGUGGAACAGAGUGUGGAACAGAGUGUGGACAAGAGUGUGGACAGAGUGUGGAACAGAGUGUGGAACAGACGAGUGUGGAACAGAGUGUGGAGCAGAGUGUGGAGCAGAGUGUGGAACAGAGUGUGGAACAGAGUGUGGAACAGAGUGUGGAGCAGAGACAGAGUGUGGAACAGAGUGUGGAACAGAGUGUGGAGCAGAGUGUGGAGCAGAGUGUGGAACAGAGUGUGGAACAGAGUGUGGAACAGAGUGUGGAACAGAGUGUGGAACAGAGUGUGGAGCAGAGUGUGGAGCAGAGUGUGGAACAGAGUGUGGAACAGAGUGUGGAACAGAGUGUGGAACAGAGUGUGGAACAGAGUGUGGAACAGAGUGUGGAACAGAGUGUGGAGCAGAGACAGAGUGUGGAACAGAGUGUGGAACAGAGUGUGGAACAGAGUGUGGAACAGAGUGUGGAACAGAGUGUGGAACAGAGUGUGGAGCAGAGUGUGGAGCAGAGUGUGGAACAGAGUGUGGAACAGAGUGUGGAACAGAGUGUGGAACAGAGUGUGGAACAGAGUGUGGAGCAGAGUGUGGAACAGAGUGUGGAGCAGAGUGUGGAGCAGAGUGUGGAACAGAGUGUGGAACAGAGUGUGGAACAGAGUGUGGAGCAGAGUGUGGAGGAGUGUGGAACAGAGUGUGGAACAGAGUGUGGAACAGAGUGUGGAACAGAGUGUGGAACAGAGUGUGGAACAGAGUGUGGAACAGAGUGUGGAACAGAGUGUGGAACAGAGUGUGGAGCAGAGUGUGGAGCAGAGUGUGGAACAGAGUGUGGAACAGAGUGUGGAACAGAGUGUGGAACAGAGUGUGGAACAGAGUGUGGAACAGAGUGUGGAACAGAGUGUGGAACACAUGUUAAUUGCGGAGGAUAA